CCGCUACUCUGAGAAUUUCUCGUGGGCAGCCCCCGACACUGUAAACGGCUCGGCGACUGGAGACAUGGUCCUUCUCCUUUGCCUGUGCGUCUUGCUGUGGGAAGAGGUUCACGGAUGGGGCUACAAGAAUGGAAUCUUUCACAACUCCAUAUGGCUUGAACAAGCUGCGGGCGUGUACCACCGAGAAGGUCGGGCUGGCAGAUACAAGCUCACCUAUUCAGAGGCCAAGACCGUGUGUGAGUUUGAAGGCGGCCGCCUCGCCACCUACAAGCAGCUGGAAGCAGCCAGAAAAAUUGGAUUUCAUGUCUGUGCGGCCGGAUGGAUGGCCAAGGGCAGAGUCGGGUACCCCAUCGUGAAGCCCGGGCCCAACUGCGGAUUUGGGAAAACUGGUAUUAUCGAUUAUGGAAUCCGGCUCAACAGGAGUGAGCGAUGGGAUGCCUAUUGCUACAACCCAAAUGCCAAGGAGUGUGGUGGUGUCUUUACAGACCCAAAGCGAAUUUUCAAAUCUCCAGGCUUCCCAAAUGAGUAUGACGACAACCAGGUCUGCUACUGGCACAUUCGACUAAAGUACGGUCAGCGUAUUCACCUGAGCUUUCUGCACUUCGACCUUGAGGAUGAUCCAGGCUGCCUGGCUGACUAUGUAGAGAUAUAUGACAGCUAUGAUGAUGUCCAUGGCUUGGUAGGAAGAUACUGUGGCGAUGAACUUCCAGGAGACAUCAUCAGCACAGGCAACGUCAUGACCUUGAAGUUUCUGAGUGAUGCCUCAGUCACAGCUGGAGGUUUCCAGAUUAACUACGUCGCAGUGGAUCCUGCCUCCAAAUCCAGCCAAGCCAAAAACACAAGUACUACUGGGAAUAAAAAAUUCUUAGCUGGACGAUUUAGCCAUCUAUAAAUUUUUUAAAAAAGAUAUUCAAGCAGAGGCAGGCGGAUCUCUGUGAGUUCGAGACUGGUCUACAAGAGCUAGUUCCAGGACAGGCUCCAAAGCCACAGAGAAACCCU